GUGUAGUCAAAAUGUCGCUCACGUGGGAAGAUAAAGAAGUCCGUUUUGAUAUACCUUUUACAGAGAUGAGGCUCAAGAUUGGGGAGAAAAUCGUGGACCGGUUGGAAAAUAUCGAAGAUACGAAAGGCAACGGGGGUGACAGGGGGAGGCUUAUUGUGACAAACAUAAGAGUAUUGUGGCACUCCGUGACAAGUCCUCGGGUUAAUCUAUCAAUCGGAUUUAACUGUGUCGUGGCUAUUAGCACGAAAGUUGUCAAUUCGAAACUGAGAGGGACAACGCAAGCCCUACACAUGUUGACAACUUCAAAUCGAACACGUUUUGAGUUCAUUUUCACUAAUCUUGUCCCUGGAAGUAUGCGCCACUUUACUUCGGUCAUGGGAGUCCAUAAGGCCUAUAUGUCCUCGAAGCUUUACCGAGAGCUAAAACUUCGAGGGGCCGUCAUUCACAACAAGCAGUUGAAAAUAUUACCUCUAGAACAAGUCUUUUCUACUCUCCACGGGGUUUGGAACCUUUCGAGCGACCAAGGUAGUCUUGGUACCUUCAUAGUAACGAAUGUCAGACUUGUGUGGUUCGCCGAUAUGAACGAAGCCUUUAACAUUUCGUUACCUUACUUACAAAUAAACUCAAUUAAAGUUCGCGAUUCAAAGUUUGGGACGGCUUUAGUGGUUACGAGCUCGGAAAUUAGUGGGUCUUAUAUAUUGGGUUUCCGCGUUGAUCCUGAAGAGAAGCUGCGCAACUUAUUCAAAGAGUUGACGUCCUUACAUUCCAUCUACAAAGGCAAUCCAAUUUUCGGCGUGGAGUAUAAGUGGUGUUCGAAUAAAGUUGACGAGCACUCGGAUAAGAAACUUGUGGAGGAUGUUGUGGAAGUUGAAGAGCCUCGAGGGGAGUUGUCGAAUACAUUGGCGGCUUAUUUGGCUGACGAGGGUCAUGCUAAAGACAGACCGCCGGUUUAUUCACCCGAUUUGGGUCUAGCGAUUGAGAGUGUGAAGGACGGUUUUACUUUGCAGAAGUUGUGGGAAGUUAUACCUUCGUAAUUAAACACUUGAAUAAAUA